AUGUGUGACGGCGCCCUGCUGCCUCCCCUGGUCCUACCCUUGCUGCUGCUGCUGUUUUGGGGUCUGGAUCCGGGCACAGCUGUAGGCGACGCGGCGGCCGACGUGGAGGUGGUGCUCCCGUGGCGGGUGCGCCCCAGCGACGUGCACCUGCCGCCACUGCCAGGAGCUCCGGGGCCCCGACGGCGGCGGCGUCCUCGCGCACCCCCAGCCGCCCCGCGCGCCCGGCCAGGAGAACGCGCCCUGUUGCUACACCUGCCGGCCUUCGGGCGCGACCUGUACCUGCAGUUGCGUCGCGACCUGCGCUUUCUGUCCAGCGGCUUCGAGGUGGAGGAGGCGGGUGCAGACCGGCAGAGCGGACGCCCAGCGGAACUGUGCUUCUACUCUGGCCGCGUACUCGGCCACCCAGGCUCCCUGGUCUCGCUCAGCGCUUGUGGCGCCGCCGGCGGCCUGGUCGGCCUCAUCCAGCUUGGACAGGAGCAGGUGCUAAUCCAGCCUCUCAGCAAUUCCAGUGGUCCCUUCAGUGGACGAGAGCAUGUGAUCAGACGCAAAUGGACCUUGACACCCAGCCCAACUGCCGAGGCCCAGGUACCUGGGCAGUUCUGCAAGGUUCUAACAGAAAAGAAGAAGCCCAGAAAGGGCAGGCUGUCCCGGGACUGGCGGGAGCGGAGGAACGCUAUACGGCUUACCAACGAGCACACGGUGGAGACCCUGGUGGUGGCUGAUGCUGACAUGGUGCAGUACCACGGGGCAGAGGCUGCCCAGAGGUUCAUCCUCACUGUCAUGAACAUGGUAUACAAUAUGUUUCAGCACCAGAGUCUCGGAAUUAAAAUCAACAUUCAAGUUACCAAGCUUGUCCUCCUACGACAACGUCCUGCCAAAUUGUCCAUUGGGCACCAUGGUGAGCGGUCCCUGGAGAGCUUCUGUCAUUGGCAGAAUGAGGAAUAUGGAGGUGCGCGGUACCUCGGUAACAAUCAGGUUCCAGGAGGGAAGGACGAUACACCCCCUGUGGAUGCUGCUGUAUUUGUGACCAGGACAGAUUUCUGCGUUCACAAAGAUGAGCCGUGCGACACUGUUGGAAUUGCUUACUUAGGAGGUGUGUGCAGUGCUAAGAGGAAAUGUGUGCUUGCCGAAGACAAUGGUCUCAAUUUGGCCUUUACCAUCGCUCAUGAGCUGGGCCACAACUUGGGGAUGAACCAUGACGAUGACCACUCAUCCUGUGCUGGCCGGUCCCACAUCAUGUCGGGCGAGUGGGUAAAAGGCCGGAACCCCAGUGACCUCUCUUGGUCCUCCUGCAGUCGAGAUGACCUUGAAAACUUCCUCAAGUCCAAAGUCAGUACCUGUUUGCUGGUCACAGACCCCAGGAGCCAGCAUGCAGUGCGCCUCCCUCACAAGCUGCCAGGCAUGCACUACAGCGCCAAUGAGCAGUGCCAGAUCCUGUUCGGCACCAAUGCCACCUUCUGCAAAAACAUGGAGCAUCUGAUGUGCGCUGGACUGUGGUGCCUGGUAGAAGGAGAUACGUCCUGCAAGACCAAGCUGGAUCCUCCCCUGGAUGGCACCGAGUGUGGGGCAGACAAGUGGUGCCGUGCUGGGGAGUGUGUGAGCAAGACGCCCAUCCCGGAGCAUGUAGAUGGAGACUGGAGCCUGUGGGGUUCCUGGAGCAUGUGCAGCAGGACAUGUGGGACAGGAGCGCGGUUCCGGCAGAGGAAAUGCGACAACCCGCCCCCUGGACCUGGAGGCACACACUGCCUGGGUGCCAGUGUGGAGCAUGCCGUCUGCGAGAGUCUGCCCUGUCCCAAGGGUCUGCCCAGCUUCCGAGACCAGCAGUGCCAAGCACACGACCGACUCAGCAGCAAGAAGAAGGGCCUGUUGGCAGCAGUGGUGGUUGAUGAUAAGCCAUGUGAGCUCUACUGCUCACCCCUUGGGAAGGAGUCCCCGCUGCUGGUGGCUGACAGGGUCCUGGAUGGCACUCCCUGUGGACCUUACGAAACUGACCUCUGCGUGCACGGCAGGUGCCAGAAAAUCGGUUGUGAUGGCAUCAUCGGGUCUGCAGCCAAAGAGGACAGGUGUGGUGUCUGCAAUGGGGAUGGCAAGACCUGUCGCGUGGUAAAGGGUGACUUCAGCCACUCUCGGGGGACAGGUUAUAUCGAAGCUGCCGUCAUUCCUGCUGGAGCUCGGAGGAUCCGGGUGGUGGAAGAUAAACCUGCUCACAGUUUUCUGGCUCUCAAAGACUCCAGUAAGAGAUCCAUCAACAGUGACUGGAAGAUAGAGCUCCCUGGAGAGUUCCAGAUUGCUGGCACGACUGUCCGCUAUGUGAGAAGGGGCCUGUGGGAGAAGAUUUCUGCCAAGGGACCAACCAAAUUACCGCUGCAUUUGAUGGUGCUGUUAUUUCAUGACCAGAAUUAUGGAAUUCAUUACGAAUACACCAUUCCUGUAAACUACACCGCUGAAAAUCAAAGUGAACCAGCAAAGCCACAGGACGCUUUGUUCAUCUGGACCCACAGCGGCUGGGAAGGGUGCAGCGUGCAGUGUGGAGGAGGGGAACGCAGAACCAUCGUGUCAUGCACACGAAUAGUUAAUAAGACCACGACUCUGGUGAAUGACAGUGACUGCCCUCAAGCCAGCCGCCCUGAGCCCCAGGUCCGAAGGUGCAAUACACACCCAUGCCAGUCACGGUGGGUGGCAGGCCCAUGGAGCCCCUGCUCAGCCACCUGUGAGAAGGGCAUCCAGCAUCGGGAGGUGACCUGUGUAUUCCAGCUACAGAAUGGCACACAUGUCACCACACGGCCCCUCUACUGCCCAAGCCCCCGACCAACACCAGUGCAGAGCUGCGAAGGCCAGGACUGCCUGUCCAUCUGGGAGGCAUCAGAGUGGUCACAGUGCUCUGCCAACUGUGGUAAAGGGACACGGAAGCGAACUGUGACGUGCACCAACUCACAAGGGAAAUGCGAUGCAUCCACAAGGCCGAAAGCCGAGGAGGCAUGUGAGGACUACUCAGGCUGCUAUGAGUGGAAGACGGGGGACUGGUCUAAGUGCUCAUCCACCUGCGGGAAGGGGCUGCAGUCCCGCGUGGUACAGUGCAUGCACAAGGUCACCGGGCGCCAUGGCAGUGAGUGCCCCACUCUCUCGAAGCCGGCAGCCUACAGACAGUGCCACCAGGAGGUCUGCAAUGACAAGAUCAACGUGAACACCAUCACCUCCCCUCGUCUUGCUGCUCUGACAUACAAAUGCACACGGGACCAGUGGACGGUGUAUUGCCGGGUCAUCCGAGAAAAGAACCUCUGCCAGGACAUGCGGUGGUACCAGCGCUGCUGCCAGACAUGUAGAGAUUUCUACGCGAACAAGAUGCGCCAGCCGCCUUCUCCGCCAAGCUCAUGA